AUGUCUCCCAACACCAGACUCUUUAUUGGGCGAAGUCCCAGAUCUAUUGUGCUUUCAAGAGAUGGUUACAACUUUAGGUUCCAAAGGUUCUAUGGAACCGGGCAGACGGGGCCACAAGUGCAAAAAGUACCCACACUGGUAAUUAAGUCAAUUAGUAGCGAGGAACUGUCUAACAAGACCCAAUAUGUCGAGCUUCCAAACUACGUCUUUGAUGCAUUUUUGGGUCUGAUUACAGUGCACGGGUCCAUAUAUUUGAUGACAGUAUCAGGAUCACAGAAUGUGGCAUUCCCACGUUGGAGAAUGGAAAAUGCCAGAUUGAUACCUUACGAAAAGAUUUAUAGAGUGAUAGACGUUGAUUUCUUCAGUUUGGAUUCCGCUGUGUUUGAUUCAUUCCAUUUCGAAAGGUCAGAACAAAAUAACGACAAAUUGAUCAACGAACAUCCAUGUGGACCGCUGAAAAAAAUGUUCAGGGACGGGUCCUUCCAUUAUUCAAAGAAUUUGGACAUUUCUACAACGAUUAAGAACCAUGGAAACGCACACUCCUUCGAAUAUAUCAUAAAUAACUGCGAACCAACUUUUAUCUGGAAUUCCCCACUGGUGGAAGAGAUUAUUACUUGGAGGGGACGCGUUCCCCAAGAGGAGAGACAACUUUUUGACAAUUCUCAGAUGCUGGCAUUUGUUAUAAGAGGGUUCUGCAGAACUGCCGUGGUUCAAAAGGGUUCGGAUAUCUCUACGGUUACUUUAAUUUCAAGAAUAUCCACAGAGGCCAAAGAAUAUUCCUUGAGCAAUGAGUGCAUGAAUGAAGAGGGGGAAGUUCCCAAUUCCGUGGAGAGCGAGAUUGUAGUGACUACGAAUGAAUUUAUGUUCUCGUACAAGCAACUCGGCGCAAACAUCCCACUAUUUUGGGAAUACACAGAGGGACAGUUGCUCUCUCGCAAGCUGAAAAUAUUGAAGGAUGCUGGCCACACUCAGCUUGCAUUUGAAAAACAUUUUGAUACAUUGGAAUCCAAGUACGGUGUAGUUAGCGUAGUAAACCUUGUGAAACCCAGAAGCGAAUCCCAAGAGACCUUGGCGAUGAUUUAUAAAAAAUGUGCGGAACAAAAGGGGGUCAAGAUAACCAAUCUUGAAUACAGCUUAAACUCACUGACAAAGACUCCGCAUAAACUACUCUAUCUUUUGAAGGAAGAUAUAUAUGAGUUUGGAGCAUUCGCAUAUGACCUUUCAAAGGGAAUCUACUUUGGGAAGCAAACUGGUGUCUUAAGAAUAAGCACGAUGGAAUCUGUCGAGAAACAAGUGAAAGUGCAGAUGAUUAUCAGCAAGGAGACCAUUGAGCUGGCCACCAAGGAAAUCAAAGACUUUAAUUUAACCGCAUCAUUCAUCGAUCUUCACGAUCAGUUAUGGGUGGAACAUGGAAUGUUAUUGGACAGACUCUACUCUAAAAACAGUAAAAAUUUAGGGAAAUACCGAAAGGUUUAUUUUAAGCUGUUCCACUCCAAAGUUAGACUGUACGACCCAUUGCACUUUUAUAUCACACAACAUUUGAAGCAAAUAAAGGAUAAGUUCACGUACGAGAAGGACACGACCAUCUUUUGUGGGACAUUUAACAUAAGUGGGAAAUUGACAGAGGAGAGUUUAAGGCAGUGGCUUGUACCAGAGGGUUCCCCCGGAGAUGAACUGGCCAACAUUUACAUAAUUGGGCUGGAGGAGCUUAUAGAGCUUACUCCUGGUCAUAUGCUUUCUACGGAUCCGUACGUCAAAUUCUACUGGGAGAAGAAGAUAUCAUCUGAGUUGAACGCAGCGAGCGACAAAAAAUACAUCAAGUGCUGGAGCACUCAGCUUGGUGGUGUUUUGCUUCUGUUCUUCGCUGCGGAAAGCGAGGCCUCCAAAAUCAAGAAUAUCGAGGGUGACGUUCGGAAGACCGGGUUUGGUGGUAUGACGUCGAACAAAGGUGCAGUAGCAAUGAGUUUCAAUUACUCUGCGACGAGCUUUUGUGUCAUCGUGUCGCACCUUGCCGCGGGCCUCGACAACGUCGAACAGCGGCACAAUGACUACAAGACUAUAUUCAAGAAUAUCCGGUUUGCACGCGGGUCGCGCAUCAAAGACCACGACGCAGUCAUAUGGAUGGGUGAUUUCAAUUACAGAAUCCUAAUGUCUAAUGAGGAUGUGCGCCGGCUGAUCCAGGACAAAGAAUUUUCGAAGCUUUUCCAAAGGGAUCAACUGAACCAACAGAUGAUCUCUGGUGAAUCGUUCCCAUACUUCCACGAGAUGCCAAUCAACUUCCCGCCAACAUACAAAUUUGACCCAGGUACCAAGACUUACGACACGAGCGAGAAGAUGCGGAUCCCCGCAUGGACAGACCGUAUUCUGACGAAGGGCGAAGUUCUAAAGCAAUUGGCGUACGGAUACGCGGAUGACAUCACGUUCUCGGACCACAGGCCAGUAUAUGCGACCUUCCAAGCGCGGAUCACAGUUGUCGACGACGAGAAGAGGAACAGUCUGUUCACGAGCAUCUACGAGAGAAUCAAUACGAAGCUUGCAUCAAUGGACGAUGCUGAGAAGACGGCGUUUCUGAACGAAAACUCGCUGGACACGGAUAGGGGCACCGCUGGAGCGACGUCGAAGAGCAGCCCCGCCGAGGGCUCCACUGAGGGCGCCAAUCCCGGGAACAAACUACCCCCACCGAGCUCAGACAUGAAGAAGUGGUGGAUCGGGAGGGGCAAGCAGGUCAAAGUCGUUCUUAAUGUCGACCCAAGCAAGGUGAUGCUUAACUCCAAGCGCGACCCGAACCCGUUCACAGACGACAAAAGCGAGCCUCUAUUUAUCAAUAGACCGUAA